CAGCAGCAUCUGCUUGCUUUCACUUUGAACAACAACGAGAGUGUGGAUGAGUCUCACGGCGGGAAACAGAUUUAUUUGGUGAAUAACCCCUCCCUCCAAAAACAAACCAAAUCGCACACUUACUCACACACACACACACACACAUAAUCGUUUCUAAUUUUUUUCUCUCUCUUACAAAAACCCUAACAUUCUCGAUUUUUUCUCUCUUUCUCUCUCUUUCUUUCUUCUUCAUACAUGGCAUUCCUUCCUCAACCCCAAGAAGGUGCCGAAGAAGACACCAACGUCGACGUUCACACAACCCGUGGUACACCCAUUCGGUACCUCCCGCUCGAUCACCUCUACUCCGCCACGUCACCUUGCCGCGUCACCGCCAGUGGCUCAUCCAACGUCAUGUCCAAGAAGGUCAAGGCUCGUAAGCUCAACCUUAACAACCAUAACAACCAUUUCAAUGAUAAUGAUAAUAAUGGGAAUGAUAAUGAUAGCGAUAACGAUAACGAUAACGAUAACGAUCCACCGCAACUCGAUCAUCGCAACAACAAGAAAGCGACGCCGUUUUUGCUGCUUCCGAAACCCCCUCUUCUCUACGUCUACUCUCGCCGCCGCAAGAGGCAUUCCUCCGGGAGGGCGUCGUUUUAUGAUUCCGUGCUGGGUCGGGUCGAGUCCGGUUCGGGGGUGAAGGACCCGGAGGAGGAGAAUGGGGAUUCCGAGAGGAGGUUGCUGAAGAAGAGGAAAACUGGGAGCACUGAGUUGGGGAAAUUGGGUGUGGAUUUGAGCGCCUUGGGGAAUCUCGAUGGGCCUCGAUUGAGGGAAUGCCGCAACCAAUUUGGGAAUUCUGGCAUUGCUGGGAACGCCAAGUGUGGUUCAUUGGAGAAUUUCCCAAAGUUGCUGCCUGAAUCUCGCACUGUGAAGAGAUGGGUCGGGUUGAGUUUUGAUAAUGCUGAUCCGGAGGCAUUUGUUGGAUUGCGAUGCAAGGUUUAUUGGCCCAUGGAUUUAAGAUCGUACACAGGCGUUGUCAAAGGUUAUGAUGUGGAAACUAAGAUACAUCAUGUCAAGUAUGAUGAUGGUGAUGAGGAAAAUUUAAUUCUUUCAAAUGAAAAUGUAAAAUACCAUGUUUCCCGUGAUGAGAUGAAACGUUUAAAAUUAAAUUUUGCCAAAGUUCGUGACAGUAAUGUAUCUGACUAUGAUGUUGAAGAGAUGCUUGCAUUGGCUGCAAGUUUGGAUGAUUGUCAAGACUUUGAGCCUGGGGAUAUCAUAUGGGCCAAGCUAACAGGUCAUGCAAUGUGGCCAGCUGUUGUUCUGGAUGAAUCACUUGCUAGCAACUGUAAGGGUUUGAAAACGUUUUUAGGAGGAAGAUCAGUUCCUGUCCAAUUUUUUGGCACCCAUGACUUUGCAAGGGUUAGACUGCAACAGGUGAAAUCAUUUCUCACCGGACUUCUUACUGAUCUACACUCAAAGUGCAAGAAACCUAGUUUUAUUGAAGCUUUAGAAGAAGCAAAAAGGUAUUUAGGUGAACAGAAGCUUCCUUUGGAGAUGCUAGAGUUGCGGAAAAGAUGUACAGCUGAUGACUGUAACAAUGUAAGUGGAGAGGAUAGCGGAUGUACAGAUUCAGGUGAAGAUUGUUUAAAUGACAAAGGGAUUUGGACAGCACUGGAAAAAGUUGAAACUUUUCCUUAUGAUGUAGGAGAUUUGAAAAUUCUAAGCCUUGGAAAAAUGGUUGAAGAUUCUACGUCUUUCGGGGAUGGAAGAUCCAUCUGGCCUGAAGGAUACACAGCAGUGAGGAAGUUUACUUCAGUUAUUGAUCCUAAAGUAUCUGCCCCUUACAAGAUGGAGGUGUUGAGAGAUCCAGAAUCCAAAGUCCGACCUCUAUUAAGAGUUACAGUUGAUGGUGGUGAGCAGUUCAAUGGUUAUACUCCAUCUGAUUGCUGGAAUCAAGUAUACAAAAGGAUAAAGAAAUUGGAAAAGGAUGCUUCUGAAGGUUCUGUUGCUGAAGGUGGGAUAGAAAGGGGCUACAAUUCUGGGUCUGAUAUGUUUGGUUUCUCCAAUCCUAAAGUCGCUAAACUUAUACGGGGAUUAUCUAAAUCCAAAGUCUCUUCAAAGAACUCAGUUCGCAAUUUUGAUUCCAGAAGAUAUAAUGACUUGCCUCUUGGUUAUAGACAGGUUCAUAUUAAUUGGUUUGAUCUCGAUAAGUGCAAUGUGUGCCACAUGGAUGAGGAGUACGAGAACAAUCUGUUUCUGCAGUGUGACAAAUGCAGAAUGAUGGUCCAUGCUAGAUGCUAUGGAGAACUGGAACCUAUUAAUGGAGUGCUAUGGUUGUGCAACUUAUGUCGUUCGGGUGCUCCCCCCCCACCUUGCUGUUUAUGUCCACUCAUAGGUGGUGCAAUGAAGCCUACAACGGAUGGACGGUGGGCUCAUUUGGCCUGUGCCAUGUGGAUACCUGAGACUUGCUUAGCUGAUGUCAAAAGAAUGGAGCCGAUUGAUGGUUUGAGUAGAAUCAGUAAGGACCGCUGGAAGUUGUUAUGUAGCAUAUGUGGUGUAUCUUAUGGUGCCUGCAUCCAAUGUUCAAACAGUUCUUGUCGGGUAGCUUAUCAUCCACUUUGUGCACGUGCUGCCGGUCUCUGUGUUGAGCUUGAGAAUGAGGACAGGCUUUAUCUACUUUCUGUUGAUGAUGAUGAAGAUCAGUGCAUUCGCUUACUCUCUUUCUGCAAGAAACAUAGGCAGCCAUCUAAUGAACAUGCUGUUGCUGAUGAACGUAUUGUUCGAGUUGCCGGUCAAUGUUCAGACUAUGAACCACCACCCAAUCCGUCGGGUUGUGCUCGAAGUGAGCCGUACGAUUACUUUGGCAGGAGAGGUCGAAAAGAACCUGAAGCUCUUGCAGCUGCAUCAUUGAAACGUUUGUUCGUAGAGAAUCAGCCUUACUUAGUUGGUGGAUACUGCCAGCAUGGAUUGUUAAACAACCUAGAGUCUUCUGGGAGAGGAGUUUGCCCAAAAUUCUUUUGUAGCCAACAAAGACUGAGAACCUCUCUGAUUGAUGCUUCGAACAGCAUACUUUCUAUUGCUGAAAAAUAUAAGUACAUGAGGGAAACCUUUCGAAAACAGCUAGCAUUUGGGAAAUCAAGAAUUCAUGGAUUUGGUAUCUUCGCAAAGCAUCCAUAUAAAGGCGGAGAUAUGGUGAUUGAAUACACUGGUGAACUUGUUAGACCUCCCAUAGCCGACCGGAGAGAGCACUUUAUAUACAAUUCGUUGGUGGGUGCAGGAACAUAUAUGUUUCGGAUUGAUGAUGAACGAGUCAUUGAUGCUACUAGAGCCGGAAGCAUUGCUCAUUUAAUUAAUCAUUCCUGUGCACCAAAUUGCUAUUCAAGAGUUAUUAGCGUUAAUGGCGAUGAGCAUAUUGUAAUAUUUGCAAAGAGGGACAUCAAACAAUGGGAAGAGCUUACAUAUGAUUACAGAUUUUUCUCAAUUGAUGAACGGCUUGCAUGUUACUGUGGCUUCCCAAAAUGCCGAGGUAUAGUAAAUGAUACUGAGGCAGAAGAGCGAGCCACUACCCUAUAUGCACCACGAAGUGAAUUAAUAGAUUGGAGAGGAGAAUAAGAUUUUUAUUGCUAAUAGUAUGCUUGCAAGAUCCUUCUGAAGAUGGAUUAUUUGUCCAACAACUUAUGUCAUGGAUUCUGCCAUUUCUCUGAAAGGACAGUGCUGUACAUAGCUCAUCUGAUUCUUCUGAUUGUUUCAUCAUAACCCCAACUGAGCGGUUUAUGUUGGCUCAAGGUGUUCUGGUUAUAGUAAUUGGAAAGAUGUCACCAAACUUUUUACAGAUGUUCUAUUUUAAAUUCAUUGCCAAAAUUAAGGCCUUUGUUUAAUUUCAACCAACUUGCUGAGAUGUUGUAACUUGCCAUUGGAUACGUACAGUUGUAAUUACA